ACGGGGUGUGAUGUCACUAGAAAGCGCCGAAGUCUAGUUUCCAAAGUUUAUUAUGACAGCAAUGGAUAGUUGAUAAAUAUAAGCGAGUUUGUUUUAAGAUUUGUGAACAACCCAAAUAACAGAUGAAUGAUAUCAACCUACACCACAGAUACCUGAAUUGGAGACAUCGAAUCCGAGACAUGGGGGAGGGGCAGCCGCCACAGGAGAGAUACAUGAGGUUACUGAAGGAUGGAGACACUCUUAGUUACCAAGGGAACUCUGAAGAAGUCGGUUGCUAUGUGGCUCCCCAUCCUUUAUCAAAGGGAAAUUGUUACUUUGAGGUGACAAUAGUAGACACAGGGGUGAGGGGAACCAUUGCUGUGGGCUUGGUGCCUAAAUUCUAUCGACUGGACCACCAGCCUGGCUGGCUGCCAUACUCUGUAGCUUACCACGCUGACAAUGGCAAAUUAUACAAUGGCAACCCAGUGGGGCAGCAGUUUGGGCCAAAAUGUGCUCGUGGUGAUCGGAUUGGCUGUGGAAUACACUGUGAAAAUACUGAAGCAGGUUUUACAACAGUUUUUUUUACCAAAAAUGGCAAAGAGGUAGGUUCAGUGGAUGUUCCUGUAUCAGAGGAGGGGCUGUUCCCUGCUGUAGGGAUGCACUCCAUGGGGGAGGAGGUGAGGGUUGACCUGCAGGCUGAGUGGCUGCUGGAGGAAGAUGAUGGUGUGAUGAUGGUGGACAGCCAUGAAGAUGACUGGGGACGGUUGUUUGAUGUUCGGGUGAGCGGCACGCUUUUGGAGUAUGUUGGAAAGGGGAAAAGCAUCAUGGACGUGGGUUUGGCGCAGGCUCGUCAACCACUCACUACCCGCUGCCAUUAUUAUGAAGUAGAGAUUGUUGAUGCCGGGGAGAAGUGCUACAUCGCUCUGGGCCUUGCAAGAAGGGACUACCCCAAGAACAGACACCCAGGUUGGAGCCGAGGCUCAGUGGCUUACCAUGCCGAUGAUGGAAAGAUCUUUCAUGGCAGUGGAGUUGGAGAUGCUUUUGGGCCUCGCUGUUUCAAAGGUGACAUCAUGGGUUGUGGCAUCAUGUUCCCACGAGACUAUAUCCUGGAUGAUGAAGGUGACAUGGAAUACUGGGAUCAGCUGGAGGUUCGUCCGAGGAACGCAGCUGUCCAGAAUGUUCUGUACUUAAAUGAUGAAGAGGAGGAUGAGGAAGAUGGGGAAGCAAUAGAGCAUGGACAGGAUGGUAGGAGGGUUACGGUUUUCUUCACCAGGAAUGGGAAGCUGAUGGGCCGCAGAGAGAUGGCCAUCCCACCCGGUGGCCUCUACCCCACAGUGGGGAUGCUGAGCAGUGGAGAAAAGGUCAAGGUGGAUUUGCAUCCGCUGAGUGGAUGAGCUGAAACCCUGAAUACAGACUAAACUGCAAAUGUCCAGCUCCACUCUUGCACUGAUCACAGUCGCCUAGCAUGCUGCCCGGGGAACCGCUGAGUGCUCCUAUAACAUCGCUGUUAUUUUCCUCCACAUUGCUGCGGAGUUUACUGUCAACACAGCAACACCUGUUUGUCCCCCUGGUUGUGUAAAAACUGAAAAAUGCUGGAGGCCUUGCUUGUUAGAAGGUGCAGACGUCAUCAGCCGGAGCUACAAACUCUGGAGGGAAAUCUAAUCUGUUAUUUCUAUGCAAUCUGAAGUGCUGUCGCUCCUCAUUGUAUCUUCUUUCAGUCAGCUGUGGGACAUGUGGAGUGAACUCUUCACUCCCUCUUAUGAAGUCAGGAAACUUUAUAAUCCUUCUGGUACCCAUAAAAAUGUGCACCUAAGGAUGUGAGCAGUGAUGCUGCUGAUGCUUUAUGUGCACUUUACAUCUGGAAAGUAACGUAUAAUUCACAUUCGGGUUUACUUCAUUUGUACCAUCCUUAAAGGAAGUAAAGCAACACCAGCGGUUAUCUCCCCCUCCACACUCUCUCUCUGUCUCCCCCACUGUAUCUGUCUCCCCUGCUCUCUCGCCCACCCUUUCAUCUCUCUCUCCCCCACUCAAUUCAAUUCACUUUAUUAGCACGACUGUUUACAGUAUUGCCAGAGCACAAAGUAGAACAAAAUAUCACAUUUGUAUGAAGAAUAACAUGAACAGAUAAAAAAAAAGAAAUAAAAUAAAUCGGGCCAGUUAACUGAAAUUUUUUUUUUGGUGGAGGGGGGGCAGUGUGGGGGGUGAAAUCAGUCAACAUGGGUUGUUGUCAGACUCAUUGUCUCUCAUCUUGUUGUAGACAGUAACAUACUGCACAGCCAGUGAAGCCCUCUGUCCUCCUAACACAUGUGCCAAUUUAUCGAUGUCCAUUAGGGAGUUAAAAAUUGGGAUUUUCUCUGAAAAUUGUAAAACCGUACCUCUCUCUUGGCAGUUGGUAUUUUGGACAGUAGAGGAGGAAGUGCAUCUCUGUUUCGACCUCGCCAGUUGUACAGUGACCACAGAUCUACUGCUCUUUUGGAAGCCAUGUUUUUUUAUCUUUAUUUUUCUAUUUCCAGAUUGUGGUCACAUAUCCUGCACUUGGUCUGGAUUUGUCUCUGCUUUGUAUCUCUGGCAGUGAAGAGAGAGUGUGCAAAUUCGUAAUGUCUUUUUACUGUCAAACAGCAUUCUAAUUUGUGUUGUGAUUUGGUUUGAUUGUCCCAGAGUUCAAAAUAAUGGUUCUUACUUUGCUUCAUAAUUUGAUUGAUUCUGAUUUGACUUUGGAAAGCAUUGUUGGUCUGAGGAUCAUAGGUUAGUGUGUCAGUUAACCUCAGAACCAACUGACAGAGGGUUUCGGUUCCAGGGCUGACCUCUUGGGUUUUUAGUGCUUGAAAUUUCACUGAAUUUUGUGUGAUUGAUUUCAGAUGGAUCCAAAAUUUUUGAGAUCUUUUUUUGUACAUUUAAAGCCAAUGGGAAUCUGUGUACUUCAGCACUGCAUUCAUUUAUGGGCAUUUUCUUUUGAUCUUUGAGGAUACAGUGCAUCUAGAAAGUAUUCACUGCACUUCACUUUUUCCACAUUUUAUGUUACAGCUUUAUUCCAAAAUGGAUACAAUUCAUUUUUCCUUCACAGUUGAA